AUGUUAGCCGAAGGCAAGGUUGCGAAAGCUUUGUUUUCUGCUGAGCAAGGACGGGCACAAGGUCUAAAAGACCUUAUGGCGCAUAAUUAUGGAUUGAAAUUGAAUGAUGCUGAGUCAGGUAAAGGCAACAGAUCCUUUCAUGAACUCUCUAAUCGCAUUCCUCCGAAUACUAUAUUUAUGGCGCUCGGAAAGAACGAGUUAGUUUGCUGGGUUUGUCAGAAAGGAAAGGAAGUUGAAUUAAGAAGCAACCAGAUCAGUACGCACAACAAAAUCAGCACUUUCUUUGAGUCUCUUGUGGAACUUGUCUGUCAGGAAAUUGGCGCAAGAGAUAACGUUGAAUGUGAAGAUCGCUCACUUAAAUUGGCAAGUGACGAAAGACUAACAGUUAAAAGAUCACCUCAAGAUUGCAGACAAAUCCAGCACUUACACCUUCAAAAAAGUGCUUUGAAUACGUUCUACGAGAUCGUCAUUGAUCCUACUCAAGAUCUUUUUUCUGGAAGUGAACUCAUAUUUGUCCCCGAAGGCCCACUUUGCUUGGCCCCUUUUGCUGCGUUUAAGGGUCCAAACUCCAGAUACCUCUGUGAAUCAUUCAGAAUUCGCGUGGCUCCAUCUCUCAGCAGCUUGAAAAUGAUUGCAGAUUGUCCGUUAGAUUACCACUGUAAGUCUGGCGUGCUUCUUGUGGGUGAUCCAUGGGUGCAAGAUGUGACAGAGUUGGAGCAGUUGCCGUAUGCCAGAGAGGAAGUUGAGACAAUUGGUAAAAUGCUGGGUUGUGCACCUCUUAUUGGAAGACAGGCCACAAAGGAUGCGGUGUUAAGACGACUCGGUUCGGUUGCUUUGGUGCACAUCGCUGCACAUGGCAGCAUGGAAACGGGUGAAAUUGCCCUGGCGCCAGAUAAUGGUGAGAUGGAUUUCAUUUUGACGAUGAAAGAUGUAAAGCGCGUUCAGAUUCGUGCAAGACUGGUUGUACUCAGUUGUUGUCAUAGUGCUCAUGGUGAGAUCAAAGCAGAAGGCGUGGUUGGCAUAGCACGAGCGUUUUUAGGUGCCGGUGCUCGUUCUGUUCUGGUGUCGUUGUGGGCGAUUGACGACAAGGCCACUCUUGAGUUUAUGAAAAAUUUCUAUCAACAUCUUGUGAAAGGAAAAAGUGCAAGUGAAGCCUUAAACCAUGCGAUGAACUGCAUGAGAGAAUCUGAGGAGUUUGGUGCAGUCAAAUACUGGGCACCGUUUGUGCUUGUUGGUGAUAACGUCACAUUAGAAUUUGCUGGAUGCCAGUAG